AUGGCAUUCGGAGUCGCUCUUAUCGGCGCAGCUCAUCCCUCCAUCAAGGCCUCGCCGGACCUGGAGCUCAAGGCCGUCUACUCGCGCUCGCUGGAAACCGCUCAGAAAGUGGCCCCCGAUCAGCCUCUCGACCGCUACGCCGAGGACGCCGAUCAGGGCCUACAGCAGCUGUUGGCUCGCCCCGACAUCCACGGCGUCAUCAUCGCCCUGGCUAUCGGAGUCCAGACUCCCUACAUCCGCGCUGCCUUGUCCGCUGGGAAGCACGUUCUCUCCGAAAAGCCCAUCACAGAGAACGUGGCCGAGGCCGUGGAACUGAUCCGCUGGUACCGGUCGGAGAUCAGCCAGACUGUGAGCUGGGCCGUGGCUGAGAACUGGCGCUAUCUGGAUAGUUUGAUUUACGCGCGACAACUCGUUCCUCAGCUGGGACGCUUGUCCCAGUUCCGUACGCUUGUCUACGCCAACAUCGGCCCUGAAUGGGGGUUAGCUCAAUACUAUCAAACUGCCUGGCGACAGGAGGCCAUGCAUCAGGGCGGAUACUUGCUGGACGUAGGCAUCCACUUUCUUGCCGGUACACGCUACCUGCUCGGCAAUGAAAGCAUUUCCCGCGUCACUGCCUUCACUCGCGGUGUGCGUCCCUCGCUGCCGCCACUGGACACGUUAGACGCUGUACUGCAGACGGAGUCGGGCCUCCAGGGAAGCGUUCAGAUUGCCUUGAGCUCCUCCCUGAAGGACUCGGGGUGGACAGUCGUGGGCGAGCACGGCCAUAUCGUCGUCACCGAGGUCAGUGUCACCUCGAUCAUCCGAGGCCGUGAAGAAAUCAAGGAGUUCAAGGCCGACGCCCUUGCCGUGCCAUCGGAGGUGCGUGCCUGGGGCGAGGCCCUGACCAGGGGAACGCCGAACGCCGAACAGACGCCAGAGCAGGGACUGGCUGAUUUGGAGCUGGUUGAGGUGAUGCUGCGGAGUGCAGCUCAACAGGGCCAGCCACAGUCCACAAAGCAUCAGGUGGAGGGAUGA